AUGGCUACUUCUUAUCCAGCUCUCAACGAACUCUUUAUAUUCUUGAACGCCACCUUGACCCAGGCAUCUAUACAUUACUCCAAGAUUCCUGGUUCGACAAUCUUGUUGAAAUAUGUGAAAAAUUCUUAUCAGAACGACCCAUUUCGAUCCUUGCUAGAACUAUUCUUGGUGUUUUUUGCCCUAAAAUAUUUGUUUUCCAAGACAUACCGCACAGACAAUUUUGUUGAACUUACUGAGCAGGAAGUAGAAGAAUUGGUAGAUGAAUGGCGACCGGAACCACUUGUUUCUUCAUUGACCGAGUAUCAGAAAUGGGAAUUGGAUCAGACACCAACGAUAAUUGGUUCACAAGGUCCAAAACCAAAGUUGGCGAACGGCAAGACACUGAUUAAUCUCGCUAGCUUUGACUUUUUGGGUUUCUCAACAAAUGAUAGCAUUAAGGAAAAAGCAAUAGAGACACUUCGCUCUUAUGGUGUUGGAUCAUGUGGCCCACCCGGUUUCUAUGGCACUCUUGACGUUCAUAUGAAAUUUGAACGGGAUAUAUCUGAAUUCCUUGGGACGGAGGAUGCUAUUAUCUAUUCUCAAAGCUUUUCGACUAUUUCGUCGGCUAUUCCUUCAUUUUGUAAGAGGGGUGAUAUAAUUGUCGCGCAAGUAUUCUUAUGUCUUGGAUUAUCGGAUCACUCGCGUAUUUGUAAGGGGGUACAGAUUUCUCGUUCUACUGUCAAAUGGUACAAUCAUAAUGAUAUGGAAGACCUCGAAAGAGUUCUCAAAGAAAUACAGGACAAUGCUAAAAACAGACGGUUGACUCGAAGGUUUAUAGUAACAGAGGGAAUAUCAGAGUAUUACGGUGACAUAGCGCCACUCCAUAAACUUAUUGAAUUGAAGAAGAAAUACAAAUACCGCUUGAUUCUAGACGAGAGCUUAUCAAUCGGAACACUGGGCCGUCGAGGCGCAGGGCUGACCGACUAUUUUAAUAUUAAUUCGAAAGAAGUAGAUAUGAUUGUAGGUUCAAUGUGUAAUGCUCUCUCUGCUGCCGGAGGGUUCUGCGCUGGAUCGUGUGAGAUAACAGAACAUCAGCGUAUCUCUGGGUUAGCAUAUUGUUACUCAGCUUCCCUUCCAGCAAUGCUUGCAGUCAGUGCGACAGAGUCUCUGUCAAUUCUUUCGCAAAAUCCGCAGCUUCUUGUCAAUCUCAAUGAAAACGUCGGAGCACUAAAGAAUGUCUUGGAGAAUGUCAAAUAUAUUAUUUUGGACGGGGACAAAGACUCUCCCGUAAUCCAUAUAAGAUUAAGACAAGAUGUAGUAAAUAUUGCUGACGUUGAAGGAAAAGAGAGAGCCUUGCAGGAAAUUGUUGACGAGGCGAUGAAUAACGGUAUUCUACUCGCUCGCGCCAAGUAUGUUAGAUUACAAGAACUCUUUUACGUCGAACCAAGCAUCCGCAUUUGUGUUUCCGCUUUCUUUACUAGGAAAGAUAUUGAUAAAGCAGCAGCUGGAAUCAAAAAUGCUAUUGUUAAAGUUUUUAAGAACAGAUCAAAGUAG